ACCAUUCAGUGCAAAAUGCCGGUGUUUGAUCCCGACCACAACGACAAGGUUGCUUGUGUAAUCUUUUAAAUGGUGGUUCAUUUAAGUUAAUAGAGAGCCUGAUAACUCUUGAAACAUGAGUCGGUUCCGUAAAUUUGUGUUGGAAUGGAACAGAGUGAUACUAGCUUCUGCCCUGACAGCUGGGUCACUGGCUGAGCUCUUUGGUUUUUGUGCCCCAGAAACCUUGUUUUUAAAGGAAUACAAGUACCUGCUGACAUUAAAAGAGAUGGAGGAACCAUAUCCUCUGACCCCAAAACUGGAGGAGGCCAAGAAUGAGGUAUUUCAAGAUUUGAUCAGAAAAGGAAGACUGUCACAACAACAGUUAGAGAAGAUGGACAUCAUUCUAAAUGGUGACAUGAAUGAUCCGUUUCACAAGGGAAACCUGAACUCUCGAUUUGGAACCUUCAUAGCUCUUCCAAUUACAUUCACAUAUAAUCAUCCGGAGGAAGUUCCCAUGGACAAUUUUAUGAUUGGACAAACCCUCCCGAUUGAAGACGGGACACAGGAAGGGGCGGUCCUCAAAAAAUCUAUCAUUCAGGGAAAAAACGCGGUCAAAUACGCAUUACUGCGGGAGUGCUUACUGACCGAUAGUUACGACAUGCAGAUUAAGUAUUUACUUUUGGCAGUGUUUUUGGCCAUUUGUUCAGCCCUUGUGUAUCUAAGUGUGACGCGUAUCAAAUCACGAUCUCAGUUACUACUAACACUGCUUCCUAGUAUUCCCAUCAAUGGACUGGUUCUGCUACAAUUCUGGUGUUGGUACAAACGCAGGAAAGACUCCAAUGUUGACUUAGAAGUGGCAGAGUUUGGUCCAGAUUAUAUCAAUGGGGGACUUGAAUAUUACACACAGAUUGUUCGUCGAAAUAAAGCACUGUAUUAUAUAAUGAAAGAUAACACAAGAGACCACUUCACUGCCGCUGGGAAUGAGAAGGAAUAUUUUUUCUGGAAUGACCGUAUUCCGGUCAAGACCAAAAGGGAUUUUUUCAUGCAAAGAGUAGAAGAAAUGAAUGAGGCUGUGAAAAAAAAUUAGUAAAUUAAUAUGUAUACCAAUGUUUUCAUGAGUAUUUAUGGCUAAGAAUAAAAAAAUUAAAGCAUUUCUACA